AUCUCCCUAGAGGGUCUUGUAAAGCUCAGACUGGGCUGCUGACGGCCCCUCCCAGGCAGAGGGGCCUGGGGGAGGUGAGGGUGCUGGGAUGGGGGCAGGGUCACCACCCUUCCAGGGGCCACCACCCUGGCCACCGGUGUAACAGUGUUUAAGUGUGAGCAUGUGUGUGCCUGUGUGUGAGAGAGUGUCUAUGCACGUGAGGAGUGUGCAGGGCCUCAUUCUCCGCCUCCGGCUGAUUGAGCAUUUUGAGUCCAAUGGAAAAAGAUACAUUCAUUGGUAAAAAGGUAGAAAAUAUGUAGAAGAUAAAAGUUCCCCUGUCCCAGCCCCCAGAGACAACCCUGGCACCGGCUUGGCAUGGGGCCAAGAGGACGAAGCCCGGACACACACUUGUGCACACGCACACCCACGCCCCGUACCUUUUCCUAAACGGGACCGUGUGGUACCUGCUGUUCCGUGACUUGCUUCGCUGAGCUGCUGUAGGGCCGAGCCUAGCAGGUGACAAGUCCUCUGUGUCAGCUAUUGUCACCACUGGUGGCGGACAACUAGAAAGGCUAAACUUCUCACCUGGUGUUUGUGGACAGUUUUUCGUCCUUUGUGGCUCGCCUGGACACAUCCUUUGCCCAUUUUUCUCCUGGUGUUUUUGCCUUCUCCUUGUUGGUUUUUAACAGCUCUUUACAUAUUAAGGUCACCCCACUCUGCACAUGGGAGAGUGGGAGUGACUCCCGAGCUGCCUGCAGUGCAGGAAGGAGGGAGAGACCCUGCCGGGGUCCGAGCGCCAGGAGGUUGGCCCCAGGACCCCAGCCUGCAGAGGAAACCUGGAGUCGGGCAGCAGGAAGCGGCGGAGCUGGCAAGGCAGUGGGGGCCGUUGGCAAAGGGAGAAACGGAGUAGGCUCAGAGCUGAAAACAGAGGGUCUGAGUGACGGAGGGUUAAUGGGAGGCAGAUGGAGGAAACCAGGUUACCCUUGCUGACAGGAGGGAGGUCAGGGGGCAUGGAGCUUGCUCAAGACAGGAGCCUGGCGACAGGCCGGCGGCAGGGCCUGGCUCCAAAGUGUGGUGCCCGAGGGCUGGGGCAGAGCAGGGGUCGGCUCCUCCCUGCUGCAUGUCCUGGGCCUCUUGGGCCCAGAGCCUGAAGGACCACAGGUCACUCGGGCCCCAGGGGUUGGACAAGCGCCCAAACCUCUCCGAGAAAACCUCUCCAUUUCCUUGUCUGUAAAACGACCUGAGACCAUCCCCUUCUUCACAGGGUUUCUUGAGAUCAGCAUGUCAGAUAUCAGCACAACGCCUGGCACUUUGAGAGGGCUCAGCAAGUGAAAAGUGACUCCUUUUGUCACUGUGCUGGUUUUCCUCCUGGUGGGGCUCUGUCAAGCUCUUGGCUGGCUCCGAGACCGCCAGGGCGAAAGGCCUCCGGCUCUGAGGUGAGGAAACCGAGGCCCAGGGACCACAGGGGGCAUGCCUGUCCUCCAAAGAGAGAUAAAGGGGCUUUGCACAUGUAAGCAAGUUAAGAAGAUGUCACGCUGGAUUUAGGGGGGCCCUAAAUCCAACAACUGGUGUCCCUUGGAGGGAGUGGGAGGUUUGGACAGCAACGCGGACAUGGGGAAGCAGGCCGUGGCACAGAAAGGGAUGGAGACGAUGCUGCCGGGUCCCAGGGGUGCGUGGGGCUGCCCUGGUGGGGAGAGUUCGGGAAGGAACCUUCUCAAGACUCUCUGAAGAGAGCGUGGCCCUGCUGGGACCAGGGUUUCUGACUCCUGGUCCCCGGAACCAAGAGAGGACACGUUUCUGGUGUUUUGAGCCACCUAGUAUGUGGCACUUUGUUCCAAUGACCUUAGGAAACUAACAGAACCAGGGAAGAAGUGGGGGGACAGUCGGACCAGACCGUCCCCCCAGGUCUGCUCUGGACCCCGUUCUAGAGGGGCCUCGUCCACUUGUGCACUGUGUGCCCUCCGGCGUCGUCACCUGUGCUGUGGGGCGCUGACCCUGGGUCAGCUGAGAGAAGGGCUGUGCAGCGCUGGGGUCACCUGUGGGCUGCUGUGCCAUUCGGAACCUUGGGAUCAGUGGGGAGGAGGGUAAGACGGCAGGGUGUGGACCCUGAAAACAGAAACGGACACUCCCCACCGCCCAGGGUAACACCUGGGGAGGCUGAGGCACACUGGAGCAAGAGCCCCAUCCAGAUGCUCAUCGUUGCCAGAGAGAAAUUUGGGCCCAGGUGCCGGAUCUUCUGAUUUUACAAGUUAAGCUGGAAAUCUCCAUUUCUGUGUUGACAAAAUUUCCUAAUUUCAGUCAUGGGGAAGAUCCUUCUCUUCUGGAUCAUGAACCUAGGCAGAUGUGUGCUGGGAACCUGAGGUCUCAUGCUGGCCGUCCCUGAAGAGGCCUAAACCAGCUGCCCACCCCAGGCCUCCUUGCUCUUCUAGGCAAUGGAAGGGGAGGCAAAAUGAGGCGUUUUGAGUGGCUGAUAGGUGUUUUAAUUAGCUUGUCGUUUGAUCUGCAAAACAACCUUAUAAACCUAAGAAUACCAGCGGUGUGCAAUUAUCCAUCCCCUGCUGCAUACUUGACCCCACUCGGUCCCCACAGCUGGACCUGGGCAAGCUUUCGAUGGGGUGUGCUUGUGAACGGUUUUGCUCUUGUUGGAGGAGGCUUACUGUGCCCAUUUUAAUGUCUAAUGUCUUUAAAUGUGACUGUAACCUGAUUUCCUCCCCUUGACAACUCUUGCCUCUGGCAAGGUGCCAGGUGGGAGAGACUCCCAAGCCUGCAUGGUGGGAGUGGUGGAAGGCCAAGGCUGGGAUCACAGGCCUCUUCAUAACGGACUUUCCAAAAUCAUUAAGAGAUCAGGGCUCCACAGGGGAGCUCGAGGUUGGGCAGGUUCAAAUACGUGUCCCAAAGGAAGAUGCCGAAAAGUGGUCCUAGGCUUGGGCAGGCCAAGGCUUGAGUAGGGGCAUUGGCGGAGCCCAGCAAUGGGCGGAGCUCGGACGGCGCCCAGCGGCCGCGGGCGGGAUCGCAGGCGGAGCAGGUCUGUGCAGGGAAGGGGCGAGAGCGCCUCCCGCUGAGAUUCCGCUUGGCGGUGAGUCCGCGCCCUUCACUCCGGGGUAGGUCGACCUGACACCUCCCGCUCGCGCGCCGGGUCGCGCCGCGGUCCUCCGAGCCCGCAGGGGCCGCUGUUGCCCAAGUUCAUUUCCGGGGUCAUAGCGAGUCGGAAGUCAUUGCGAGAGUUACUUCCGGCGUGGAGCAGCGGGUGCGGCGGCAGACCUGGCCGGAGAGGGGCUUGGAGCAGAGCAGGCCUGGCUAGUCCGUGGCCGCUCAUCGCCCCCGGUCGGUGUCAGAGCCUCGGCAGAAGGUGUGGCAGCCCUGCCGCGCCCGGGGACGCCGCGAUGCCAUUCCUGCACGGCUUCCGGAGGAUCAUCUUCGAGUACCAGCCGCUGGUGGAUGCGAUUCUGAGCUCCCUGGGGAUCCAGGACCCGGAACGGCAGGAGCCCCUGGACGGGCCCAGUUAUGUCCCCAGCGAGGAGGGCCGACUCCUUGUUCUCACUGAGCUUCUGGAGAGAAAGGCCCACUCCCCAUUCUACCAGGAAGGCGUGAGCAAUGCCCUGCUGAAGAUGGCUGAGCUGGGGCUGACCCAGGCAGCCGAUGUUCUCCUGCGGCAUGGGGCCAACCUCAACUUUGAAGACCCAGUCACCUACUACACGGCGCUGCAUAUCGCUGUCCUGCGCAACCAGCCUGACAUGGUGGAGCUGCUGGUGCGCCAUGGGGCCGACAUCAACCGGAGGGACCGGGAAAGACCGCUCUGCUCCAUGCGCUGGCCAGCAGUGACGGGGUGCAGAUCCACAACACUGAGAACAUCCGCCUGCUGCUGGAAGGAGGGGCCAAUGUCAAAGCGACCACCAAAGACGGGGACACCGUGUUCACCUGCAUCAUCUUCCUGCUCGGUGAGACGGUGGGUGGGGACAAAGAGGAGGCCCAGAUGA